UUUAAAAAUGUAUGUCGUACAACACCCCUGUCGUUGAGAUUGGUAGAGCCCGUUAAAACACAGCUAGGCAGUUAACACAGAGCCAGGUCGCGCAGCGCAGUAUAUAUAAAUUAUUCCUGCAGAAUUUGUAAGUCAGUGGAUGAGAUUCUUUCUUUGAGCUCUCUUCUGGGACCAAGCCGUCACAGCGGGAGUACACCUGUAACUUAUUCUCUUAACCUUCGUCCCAGUUCUCCGUUCAAUGCCUAACACUGUGGAAAGUGAAGGCGCCAAGGUAUCUGCUAGAACUGAUCAGGAGGCCCCAUCACGGGCCCCGGGCAGAGAGGAUGAGCGCGAGCGCAGCUUCCUGAGCCCCUUGACACGUGAUGCGCUGCGGGUGCGACGGGCCUCCAGCGCAGAGCUCCAGCUUCCUUGGACCUGCCCUGUUACACACUCCCAAGAGAAGUUCUACACCGUCUGCUCGGACUAUGCGCUGCUCAACCGAGCCCGACCCAUCAUCACAUCUGAAGAUGCGCCACCAACCAAUCCAGACAGUGGGAUAUCAUUAGUCAAGACUAACACUGCAACCCCCUCCCACAGCCACUCAGGGGGAAUAAGUGUGUCUUUAGAUGGGAACUGUGAUAUGGAGGUUGUGUCAUCCAGCAACAAGCCUGUGCUGGCCUGGGAGAUUGACACCUCUGAUUUUGAUGCGGUUUUAACCCGGAAAACCAGAACAAGUAAUUUAAAGAAAAUCAACUCUAAGAAAAUGAAAUCAUCCGACAGGCUCAGCAGAAACCUGCAAGAUCUCCCACCACAAGCUUCUCUGGAGGAGAUCAAACAGAGAAAAGUCUUGGACCUCCGUAGAUGGUACUGCAUCAGCCGACCCCAGUAUAAAACAUCAUGUGGAAUCUCUUCACUUGUCUCUUGUUGGAACUUUCUCUACAGUACUCUAGGAGCAGGCAGUCUCCCACCUAUUUCUCAAGAAGAAGCCCUGAAUAUACUUGGUUUCCAGCCUCCGUUUGAAGAUAUCAAGUUUGGACCAUUCACUGGCAAUGCCACUCUGAUGCGAUGGUUCAGACAAAUCAACGAAAAUUUCCGUGUCCGGGGAUGCUCUUAUAUUCUGUACAAACCUCAUGGGAAGCACAAGACAGCAGGAGAGACAGCUGAGGGGGCGCUGCUGAAGCUGACGCAGGGACUCCGUGAUGAAUCCAUGGCCUACAUUUACCACUGUCAGAAUCAUUACUUCUGUCCUGUGGGCUAUGAAGCUACACCACUAAAAGCAGCCAAAGCAUACAGGGGGCCACUGCCACUUAAUGAGAUGGAACACUGGAUUCUCAUUGGUGAACCAAGCAGGAAACACCCUGCAAUCCACUGUAAAAAAUGGGCAGAUAUUGUGACUGAUCUGAAUACUCAGAACCCAGAAUACUUAGACAUUCGCCAUACAGAGAGAGGCAUUCAGUAUCGCAAAACCAAGAAGGUUGGAGGCAAUCUGCAUUGCAUCAUGGCCUUCCAGAGAGUGAACUGGCAAAAGCUGGGACCAUGGGCACUGAAUCUGGAAAAUCUGAGGCAUGAUCUCCAUCAUCAGGCUUCAGAACACAGAGGUCAAGCUGCGACAGAGGACGGUUCUGAGGAACGAGCAGUGAAACGCCUGGGUAGGUCCCUCAGUACGGGGAACAAGUCCGACAAUGCCUGGAAACGUUUGUCCAACACAGCAGAGUACAGGCACCGAGGCUCUCCAGACAGUGACCUGGAUGAAGACAUAACUGACUAAAUCUGAAAUGUCCAACCCUCCUCCUGAAGAGCCAAUUGGGUUUCGACAGUUUAAAACAAGAAAAAAGAUAAAGAAAAUUUAUCUCUCCAGGUUGUUAGCAACAGUGAAAGGUUAGAAUUAGAUAUGACAGAUGCAGUUGCAAGCCAAAUGGUGUGGCGUAGUAGUUAACAUUCAGGGCUGGUAACCAUAAGAAUGCUGGUUUGAUGCCCAUGAGGAAUGAACCACGAGCUCUCGUUGGAGAUGUUCUUGUAAUGCCACCAUUCUACAGCAAUGCGAAACAAAUUCCACAGGCCUUGGUUAUGUGGCAAUAAGUUAAAAAAUAUUACUUAAUGGCUCUCCAAGAAGAGGUCAAGUCACUUCCUGUAGGUCAAAAUGCUGCUUUGUUAAACACAUUGUGGAUAAAGGAAUCAUUAAAUAAAUUGUCCUAAAGGUGAGGUCUCAUUUACCCAUUGUGUUGCGAAUUUUUGCGGGCAAAAUCCAUGCAAUCAGGAAUUUUGCUUGAGGGCGAAAGAUUUCCCCAUGCAGUUUUCGCAAUGGGUUCAAGUUGAUCACAUUGAAUGACUUUGACUACAACUUCAUUGUAGACAAUGGGCCAUUUUUGCCUGCGAAAUUUCGCCAAAAUUUUGGUUCCAGAACAGAGGUCAAGAUGUGACGGGACGAUUCUGAGCGAACGAUAAAACUGGUUCAACUUGGUCAUGUGGAUUCAAUGACCAACAGAAAGCUGCUUGGUUUCAAAGCGACAUAUGAGUGAGCUUUGCUUCAUACAUCACUAAACUUUUUUUGCUUGCGAAAUUUUGCUGAAAUUUGUGACUGCACCUUAAGUGUACCAAGAGCAUUUAGUGAAUAUUUGAUUUUCUGAUCAAUAGCAUUAUUCCAUUUCAGUUAUAUGUUAUUUGGUGGAUAUAUAUGCUACUGAUGGUAGAUAAUUGGAGGACGGUAUGGACUUAAAAAUGAAUAAUAUGCAUAAAGUGCACGCAUAAGUUCUGAACACUACAUAGAAGACUGUUCUUUAUGAAGUCUGCUUCUAUACACAAAAUGGCUUUAUUAGUGUAAGUCAAAAAAAUACAAACUAGGUUAUCAAAGAUAACAGACUGUUUAAUAAUGUGUCAGUGGAUCAGAUUCGGGCUAUAGUGAAGUGACAUAGUCCAAUAAGAUGGCGCUAUCUUAUUGUAAAUACUAACUUGAAGGAUUACAAUAACGUUCUUUGUGAAACGCUGUGAGCUAAGAUUGCAUGAUUGCUUCCAUGUUAUGUGCAUUGUGAUUGUGUUCUUCCUUUAACACAGCAACAUCUAAUGUAUUAUGUUCAAUAUUUAGUCAUCACAAAUCUCAUACUCAUGUGAAUCUAGUGUUGGCAUUAUUUUUAUUUAUAAAUAAAAUAUUUAUACACCUUCUUAAA